AUGCCGCCUAACUUUCCUCUCACCCUUGUUCCAAAACCUGCCUUUCUUUCACCAUCGUCUCUCCCUCGCCAGUCGGCGUCGGAGGUGUUGAAGUUGGUGGGUGUGGGGGUGGUCGGUCUCACCCUCGGUAUCGAGUGGCUGCGCUGGCUCCGCCGGCGCCUGAAGCCCGCGGCCCGGGUCACCGAGGUGCUCUUCUUCCCCUGUGACUCCAGCUGCGUGGAGAGACUGUACGCGUCAGGAGAUGCGUCCAAACAGCCCUGCCCGUGUGGAAUAUCUCACGGCGUGAAGGACGACUCGUUCUCGCGGCUGCUGACCCACCUGUUGUCUGCGCGCGUGUCGCUGGACGUGUGUGUGUUCAGCUUCUCCAACAUGGAGCUGAGCCGCGCCGUGCUGCACCUGCACAACCGCGGCGUCUGCGUGCGCGUCAUCAUCGACCGCGACUACAUGUACAUCACCGGAUCACAGAUCGGAGUGCUGCGGAGAGCAGGUGUGUGCGUGCGUCACGAGCUGAGCCGCGCGGUGCACAUGCACCACAAGUUUGCGGUGGUGGACGGGCGGCUGCUGGUGUGCGGCUCCCUCAACUGGACGAUGACGGCGGUGCAGUCCAACCAGGAGAACCUGCUGGUGACGGACGACGUUGCCGUGGUGGCGCCCUACCGCGCCCAGUUCCAGCGCCUGUGGGACGCUAACGACCCCGCCCGCCACCAGGGGGUGCUGCCCACGCACGACAGCCACCAGAAGGGCCGCGCGCGCAACGGCGGGCCCAAGAUGUUCAAGCCCCGCGACUGGAGGAGCGAGGAAGAGGAGAAGAGGAAGAGCGAAGAGCUCGGCCAGGAGGCAGGAGAAGGCAGGCUGUAA